AUGUCCCAAAAUACCAGUGGUGACUUUCCGGAAGACAAUCCAGACCUCACAGUUGCAAACAUGUUGGAGGAAGGUACAUAUGAUCUGACCCAAGUCGAGCUCUUUGGUGAUAUUGAUCUGAAUACCAUCGAUACCACCAAUGCAUUAGAGAGCUACCAAGGACUAAUCCCGCAGUCUAUGGGGCUACAAUCUCAUCUCCAGUCACCCUCUCAGUUGCCGCAGUACGGGUACGCUUCUCCCACAAUGGAAGAACCAUCGCGACACUCUGCCAUGCCCACUCUCAACUUGCCAUCUGAUGGGUCAUAUGGCUCUGGUACAAGCUGGCAAGCAGGUGGUACCAGGUCGCCAAAAGUUUGGACGAGAGAGACAUCAACCGGUCAGGUGAUAGUCACUAAAGGAUUGUUGGAAUUCCAACACAAUCUAGACGAGAUAGCAGCUAAGAAUGCCGUGGAUCAAACCCUAGCAGUGAUGCAGGGUAAGAUCCGAGCCCCUCGUCAACCUCGAUCCAGGCAAUCUGGGACUUCCCUCUCACAGACUCACAAAUCCGGUACACGACUGACACAACAAUCUCAUCAGUCCAACGUCGACAGCUAUGAUUUCAAUGCUCCAUGGGAUGACAACACCGCCCUUGCGGCCACAAAUCCUCAGCUCCCUGUGAUUCAUUUCACACACUUUGACGGGGACUCUGCAGUCCUUCAGCAAGAAACGUUUGAGCAGCCUCAGAGUUAG